AUGGCUGAAGAAGAUGGUCAGGAGCUUGUCACCAAGCCCUUCAAGUUCGUUACUACCGGUAAGCUCCAACCCGAUGAAAUCCUCGUGCGCGACUCGGCGAACAGCACCGACGCUCGCUUUCCUAACGUGAACCAGACCAAGCACUGCUGGCAGAACUACGUCGACUACCACAAGUGCAUCAUUGCCAAGGGGGAGGACUUUGCUCCUUGCCGUCAGUUUUGGCUGGCUUACCGAAGCUUGUGCCCCUCUGGAUGGUAUCAGCGAUGGGAUGAGCAGCGAGAGGCUUCCAACUUCCCCGUCAAGCUGGACGCGUAA